AUGGCGUGGGAUAAAGAGGAACUUGAACGUUCCAAAGGAUGUCGAGGACUUUGUUUUGAUUUCCUGGGUGCUAUAGAAAUGGAGGAUGUCAAAAAAAGGCUCAAAGAAAUGUCGGAAGGUUACUUCAAUCUUCAUGAAAAACGGAUUCAGGAAGACCUUGAAAGACAGCUGCGAGAGAAGGAGAUCGAGAAUCGACACUUACGGGAAGAACUGCAACGGCAAGAUAAGACGUUAUCACAGGAAAGGUUAAAAUACGAGGAGGCAAUAAAAGGCUUCACUUCAGCCAAUAGGACUAAGAGUUAUGAAUUGCGGGUAGUAAGAGACGCUCUUCUUUGCCUCAGGGAUUGUUUUGAGUCCAACGACCCCUAUCAACAUACUCUCGACACCAUAGAGCAAAGUAUCACAAGUCUAUUGGAAAGAGUGAACGCCCUAGAAAUAACACGGAGCAAGGGGUAUUAUGUCGAAGGAUUAACAUCUUCGCCCGUACGAAACUUGAACUAUGAUUCGACUGGAGAUCCUAGAAGAUAUCCUAUUACUACUUUACCGGAUUUCCCACUUCAUCGGUUGGAGAGUUCCGCGCCAAGUGUAACUAAAGUCAGCUGUACAAAAGUUCUAUAUUAUACUGAUAAAUCAGUCACGCCAUUUUUGUCUAUUAUUCCUAAAAGGAAAUCAACUUUUAAGCCUGAAUCACGCGGAGCAAGACUUCACGUUAUGAAGAUAUAA